UGUCUGUACGUCGGCAGGGAAAGCACAUAGCAAUGGAAGUGGCCGAACGCCACUAAGUUAUUAGUGUUCGCUGUCUGAGGUGCCGACCAACCCACUAUGUACACUCUUGAUAAUAAUUAACUAUUUUUACAACAGUAAUUAGCUAGCACGCUAACAGGAAGUGUUUUAACUCCACGGCCAAAACGGACAUUACAACAUUGUAACGGCUCAUCGAAAGGUGCCGUUAUCGACAUCUGACGUCAACAGGUUCGUGAGGAGCCAUCCCAGACAUCUCACCUGAUCUGACACUCCAUCAUCGCGUCUACUGAUCCACUGAUCUGCCAGGAUGGCUAACUCAGAGUCUUUGAGUGUCCGGGUCUUCUCUCUGAACUGCUGGGGGAUCCGCUACCUUAGCAAACACUGUCUGCAGCGCUAUGCCAUGAUUGGAGAAAUGUUGUCCAACGGAGAACAUGACAUUGUCUUAUUGCAAGAGGUUUGGAGUGAGAAAGACUAUCUCUCCUUGAAACAGAAACUUGCCUGUUGCCAUCCUCACUCUCAUUACUUCAAAAGUGGAGUCAUAGGCAGUGGACUGGCCAUUUUCUCCAAAUACAGAAUCCAUGAUACAUUUCUUUACCGAUACUCACUGAAUGGUUAUCCAUACAUGGCUCACCAUGGAGACUGGUUUGGAGGUAAAGCUGUCGGGAUGGCCAUCUUAAGCAUUGGCAGCCUGACUGCCAACGUCUAUGUUACUCAUCUGCAUGCAGAGUACUGCAGAGACAAGGAUUCUUACCUACCUCACAGAGUGGUUCAGGCGUGGGAGCUGCAGCAGUUCAUUCGCCACACCUCUGCUGGAGCAGAUGUGGUGAUUUUAGGUGGUGACCUGAACAUGCACCCUCAGGACCUUGGCAACAGACUACUGAAGGCUUCCACUGGACUCAGAGAUUCUUAUUCAGAGACUCGGAAAUUUGAUGGAUGUGAAGAUGGUAUAUCUCUAAUUGCUGACAACCCUUUUGUCAGUAAAAAGACGCUCAUUCCCUUUGAGAAGGGAAUUCGAAUUGACUACAUCCUGUUCAAGGGUUCUUCCAAAGCGGACAUUUACUGUGAUUUCAUGUCCACCACUAAAGGCUCCGUCCCCGACCAUCCAUUCCCAUACUCCGACCAUGAAGCUCUGACGGCUGAACUGAGGCUGGAGACACACAGUCCAGCUGAGACCGAAAGUGACGGGACCUCAAAGAAUCAGGACUCUGCUGCAGGGAAGGUGGCCGAGUUGGUCGACAUUGUGACGGAGGCUCGCACUGAAGUCAAAGUGGGUUUGCACUGUGCCGAGAGGAUGCGCUACACAGCGACGCGCACCGGAGUGAUGGGGCUGGCUCUGCUUAUCCUGGAGCUGGCCAUCGCCGCUGUGCCCUGGUUGGCCCUGGGAGCAGAACAGCCCUUCCCCCGUACCUCCUUCUACAUGCUGGCUGCGUUGUGCUUCGCCAUCCUGCUGACAACCUCUCUGCUGUACAUCUUCUAUACCAUGGAGCUGAAAUCUCUUCAGGGGGCUGAAGACCAGAUGAGGCUGACUGUGGGUAGUCUGCAAGAGAAGCUCAGGGGCUUUCCUUUGGCUCAGCCGCACAGCACCCAGCGGAGGCCCCCAGAGGGUCUUGAGCCAAGUGCUUUUGACCCAGAAGAAUAAUGCAGGAGCCAACUGGGCCAAAGUGGGAUCACUUUGAAGCCUUUGAAGUCAGCUUUAAGAUGGAUGUUUGAAGGAGCCACUUAUUCUCUGAAUGUGUUUUAUGCUUUUGAGAUUUAGAUUUGUACUGCACAAUGAAGGAGCUUUUGAAGGACGUUUCUGAAAGUAGUGCAGGACACAUGCUUUGACAUUUUUAUACUUAUUAUGUAAUCGUCUUAGUCUUACCCCUAGAUUUCCCUCUAUGCACCUCAGCAAACAUGCUUCUUAUUACCUAGUAUGAUACUUCUGUGCUACUGCUGUUCUUAAAGGUCAGAAACGUGACCAUUUUCGUUCUUUAAGCCUCAGGUCCGACCUGCAUUCCUUCCACCAGUAGUUUCAGUGGGACCAGUUGCCUCUAUUUUUAUUUCCACGCUUCCCUUUUGUGAUUUGGAAAGUCUGCUACAAAGUCCAGACUGUUUGCUGAUGUAUGUACAGAAAGUAGCCCUGUGGUCUCGGCUGCAGGCAGGACACAGACACUCCGGUUGUAGGUUUACAUUUUGGUCAGUAAUAAUUUUUUGUCUGCGGGACAGAUUGCUGAGAGCUUCCACAAGCAUUUAAAGAUCGUCACGCACCAGUUCAGACAUUUCAGUGUACUACUGUAGGAAAAGGGACAAGCUCUAUCUGCAUGUCUCAGUUAUGUUCACUGUCUUGCACUUCUUGAAAGUAUCUUUAUAUAAGAGAUAAUCUACACUCCUUUUCCCCAAAGCAUAGCAGUGGGAAUGCGCUGAAGAUUUUGUGUCUUACAUACUCUCAACUUUGACCUAAUUUUUGGACAUGUUUUUCAAAACAUCAUGUACUGUAGAAAAUUACAAAUGCUUAUCGUGUCUUUAGUGUGCAGUGCACUUAGUCGACUAACCAGAUAAACCACUUCCUUUUACGUAUGCUAGGAAAUAACUUAAUGUUCCACAUCUCUGUAAAACAGCGUAUGAAUCAGCAAGAGCCUAACAAUGGCCGACCCCUUUUAGUAUUUAUUCUUAAGUUUCACCUAGAUGUUGGAAAAGCACUUGCUCGUUCUUCAGAUAAUACCUGAUGUUCAUUCCAGCUGAAAGUUGUGAUGGGCAUGAAUAAGCAAUAAUAAAGACUUUAUUCUCA